CCGUCACCACCGCUGUGACCGGAGGAGAGUUUAGCAGCGAGGCAUCCUUCUGUUCUUCUCCCUAAACAUGUUUCGAAACCCAUGGAUCUCUAGUUACCAUGUGAACCAUGAGCAGCCAUGUGGCCAAGAAUUUGGAUCUAAAGCUCGCCCCAAGCUUUGCAGCUCAGCCUCGUUUCCAUCCGAAACCUUAAGUUUUCAGACCGACUUCUCCUUGGGUGAAAAGACCAACUUGGUCAAGAGUGUGUCAGAUACAGAUGCCAAACUUCUGGUUGUCCUUCCCAAGGUGUCAGAGUUGAAGAAAUACUUUGAGGGAGCUGUCACAAAGGAAUUGGGAAUGAACAGAAAGGAGAGAAUAGCUCGGCGUCUGGAGGGGAUUGAAAGUGAUGUUCCACCUACGCUGGUGCCUGGUGGUUUGGUCGCCAACAGAAUGCUGGAGGAGGAUCCUCCGCGGUACACCCGCGCCUCAGAUUCCUGUGAGCCUUGUGUGAUGGUGAGGCGUUACAGUCGAGAGGAGCUGGAGGCACCCCAGAAGCAGCUUUCAUCUCAAGACAGAUCACAUCAGGUCAAAGGUGGUGUUGGCAGCGGCCGACCAGAGCCCAUGUUGGUGUAUGUUGACCCAGUAACGUUAUCGACCUCUUCUACACCCACAUCUGGACCCACAGACACCACCAGCCUCAGUUCUAAGGCUGAACGAAUCGCCCGCUACAAAGCUGAGCGCCGCCGGCAGCUUUCAGAGCGCUAUGGCAUUCUCCUGGAUCAGGAGGCAGACAUUGAUUACACACCACGCUACCGUUCCAGGCGUGACACAGACGCCUCUGACCGACAAACGGCUGCCAGGCGAGACAAAGACAGACAAGAAGGUGAAGAACAAGGACGGGAGCCCAGGGUGCCAUACCGCUCUGGAGUGGGCAGGGUUUACAUGAGGACUCAUCCAGAUCCCGCCCCUGUUUCCACUACCAGCUCGACACACUCAAACCAAGCCCCUCCCCCAACACAAGAAAGGCCAAGAAGAUUUUCAGAGCGGGAAAGAGCGAUGAACAUAGAGAAUUACCGGCGUGGCGGGGCUCAAGAUCGUUCAGUCACUUCUCGAUCCAGAACCCAGGAGCUGCAUCCACACCAGCCCCAAAAGCAGCAGCAGCAGUCCCCCCACCACCAGGACGCCUCCCACCAGGAGCCAAGCCCCGCCCCCACCAGGGAUUACAGUAUCGCAGCGGUGCCCAGCUCACCUCGCACCGCCCGCCGGGCCUCCCUGCCCUCCACUCGCUAUGGCAUCUCACCUGGGGAUUUAUUCAUAGAGCAGCAGGCCCACAGCAUCCUCAACAGACAGGGAAUCCGAGUAAGGGAACGAUUAUCCAGGGAUGAAACUGUCCAGAAGCCCCCUGACUGGAGUCCAGACAGGCACCAGGGUAACAAACAGCAUACUCAGGAGAACACUGCUCAGUAUACGCCACAACACCCAGAGCCUACCAAGCAAAGGACUGUUCUCCAGCCUCAGCCCAGCCCAGGCCACCAUCCUACCCACGGCCAAACAGUCUACCCUCUCUCCGCCCCUGAAUACCAACAAUCUGGCCCUGCUGCCGACUCUCAGCCCUAUUUGGCCAUCACUGCCCCAGCAGCCUCUGCUAAACUUCCUGGACCUCCUGAAGUACAACCACGGAGGAGAGUGAGUGCCGACCAAAUCCAUGCCGCGCACAGGGAGGCAAGAUUGGAAGCCAGGCAGGCCCUCAAGGAAGAGGCCCAUACAGAGGGUCUGCUGAAGAGCAGGAAAGCUGUGUUGCCUUCAGAGAUCCGCCGAAGGGAAAAGAGUGUGGAUGAUAUUCAUAGGGGCCGGCAUGAAGACAUGGACUGGCAGAACUACAGCCCAGAACGGAGGAGGGCGAGUCGAGGCGAGGAAGACUGGGAUCGGGAUAGACCCAGGGAGAGGGGGAGGGAGAGAAAUGUCGAGAGGAUCAGAGAAAGAGGCAGAGAGCAUCUCUUUAGUCAUGAAAGCCAAGAGGAAAGAGUGUUCAGGUCUAUGCAACCAUACCACGCUUCAGUACGUCAGCACACCAGGCAGCAUCAACCCUCAGAGCCUGUGUGCCACCAAGAGCCCCAGAUUCAGCAGCAAGAGCCCCCAACACAACAGCACGAUCCCAGAAAGAGACAAUAUGGUGCUCAACUUCAACAGCAAGAUCCUCAAAUGCAGCAACAGUUUGAUCGUUCAAGGCAGCCACAAGAGACUCAAAGAAAACAGCAGUCACAAAAACAACAGGAGUUUGAGCUCCAAAGGCAAGAGCCUCCAAGUCAGCAGCAAGCCGUACAGAGAAAUCAACAAGAACCCCAACUAAAGGAAGACUUUGAGCCUCAGAAGCAGCAGCCAGAUCAAUCAGGGAGGUUUGACUCAGCUGUUUAUCUCCAGAAAGGCUCCUCUUUGCCUCAGGCCAAACACAGAAGCGUGGAGAUGAGUGGAGGCCCCAAACCCAAAAUACGAACCCGCUCCAUGUCAGAUAUUGGUAUAAGCCAGCAUGCUGCUAUGUAUCGCAUGGAGAGGGCAGCGGCCAACAGAGAGACAUCGAGGACAAUCCCGCCAUCAGGGAUGGCUAACGGGGAGAUGGGCGCCCUAGACACCAGGGUGUCGGUAGCACAGCUACGACACUCUUAUCUGGAGAAUGCCAACAGGAAACCUGAGUUUGAGACUACUAAAGUAGAUUUGUCAGCAAUGGAGGUAGAUCCGGCUGGCGGCAGUGAUCGGGACAGGGGUGCUCGGAGGCCUCGACGCUACAUCACUCCAGGAGACAGUCGCAUGUCGGAGAGGUUUAGGACCCAGCCCAUCACCUCUGCGGAGCGGCUGGAGUCAGAUAGGUCUUGUCUAAGUCCAGCACAGCUACAGGAUCCUGAGGAUGAAGAAAAGCUGGAUGACAGAGCCAAGAUGAGUGUAGCUGCCAAGAGGUCUCUCUUCAGGGAACUAGAAAGGACAUCUGAUGGAGGCGUUCCCAAACCUCGCUCUCGAAACGCUGCUGUAGAACGGCGCCUGAGAAGAGUUCAGGAUCGGUCACACACGCAACCUGUCACCAACAGGGAGGUAGUCAAUGCUUCAAGUGAUCCUGCCACAUCGUCACAACCUCCUGGCAUCCACACUAGUGUAACUCGUGUCCCCAGCCCUACUGUAGUCAGCACCAGUGUGACCAGCAUCAGCAUCCAGGGCCCCUCUCAGCCAAGUUCAGCAGUCCAGGAUCAGGAGAAGGAGACCCAGGAGAAACCAGUUCAAGCUCCCGGUGCUGGGGUGGAGGGAGAUGGCCAGGAGCCUUUAAACGACGAACCGGACCUGUCCACCCUCACCUUGGCUGAGAAGAUGGCCCUCUUCAACCGCCUCGCUAAACCUACGGGCAAGACUGCAGAGGGGGCCAGAGGAGACACCCGCCAGCGCAGGGCCAACACCCGGUUUCAGACUCAACCCAUUACCCAGGGAGAGGUGGAGAAGGAAGCUGAGCUGCCGGUAGCCUCUGCGGUGUGUAACGGUGACUUAGAGGCCAAUCAGGGAGAACAUCUAAAAAACGGUGGUGAGAUCAAACUGGAGCCCCUGUCAGCCUCUCUGAUCCGCUCCGUGGCAGCCGUCACCUCCCAAGCAUCCGUAACCGCGGUAACCAUCACGCCAGGCAGCAGCGGCGAUGAUGAUGGUCACCGUCCAGGGAAGUCCACUGCUGUGCCCUACAUCCCUGCCCAACAACAGGUUCCCAGCACCACAAGCAGCCACCAGGAGAGGGCGUUGAGGUAUUUCUCCAUGACCCAGAGCGGGGACCCAGGCCACCCUGAGCCUGAGCUCAACUCCUCCCUUCCCAUCCCUGAGAGCCGAGAGAAAGCGGGGGCGCCUAUUGGUCCCACCUCCUCUCCUGGUCACAGACAGCAGGGGGAGGCUGCGGAGGAGGGCUGGAGAGAGCGUCAGGAGGAGGAGGUUAGGGGGAGACAGCAGGGAGGAGCCAGAGAGGAGAUCCAAGACGGCAGCAUUCAGGGAAAGCUGCACUCCCCCGACAGGGACCGGGACAGCAGGCAGCAGCAGCAUCCUCAGCCUCAGCACUCUGCAGAGCCCUCUUUGUGGAGGGGCGAGACAGAGCCUCUGCCCAGCUGGAGAGCCGCAGACGGACACUCCCAAGAGAGCAGGGAGAGAGCUGAGGGAAGAGGAAGAGGAGGGUACCUGAGAGAGGCUGUUCACAGCUCCUCCACACAGGAGCAGGAGAGGAGCGGUGGCCGGAGCCAGCCGGGCAUCUCAGACUUGCCGGAUCAUCCUGCGCCACUGAGGCCACUGAUAGCUAAGGUGUCAUCCAGGACAGUGUCUCACGUUUCAAGCAGCCAGCCUCAGAAGCAAACCAACAUCCAGCCUCCUCAAACUCUCCCUAAACCCCUCACACAACAGCCUCCUCCAACAGCCCCCAAACCUUCGGUCGACAUCCAGCUCCAGCCGUACUCCCAGCCCUCUCAGCCCCCACCAACGUAUCCCAAACCUUUCACUCAGUCCCCACAAACCCAGCCCAAACCUCAGGGAUUUGUCCAACCUCUCCCUAAGCCUUAUCUGCAGACAGCCCCUCAGCCCCAGCCUAAACCCCAGGUGCCUCCACAAACACCACCCAAGCCCCAGUCCUUCCCCCAGGCACUGGUCAAGUCCCAGUCGCUGCCCCUGGACCACAGCGAGGACCUCAGCAAGCACAGUGUCCAUUCUGGAGAUCUGCUGUCCCCCACAGACUCUGGAGACCAACUGUCUGACGGCAUGUCCACCAAACAGAUGUCCAUCAAGGAGAGAGUGGCACUGCUGAAGAAGAGCGGCGAGGAGGACUGGAGGAACAUCAACAAAAAACAAGAAGUGGUUAAGGUGGCAUCCACUGAGCAGCAGGCUCAGCUAUGGGAGACGGAGCAGACCUGCGAGAAGAAGGAGGAAGGGGUGGUCGUUCAAGAUUACUCUGCUGUGUCUGUGUCUGAACAGCUAUGGGAACCUGUCUUCUCUUCCACCUUUUCCCCUACUAUCUCCCUUGGCCAAAAGUGUCAGUAUAUUGACCAUCACAGUCAGAAGGUGGGAGAGGAUAUCGAGGCCCAGAUGACCAUUGAGGAGAGAAAACAGAUGAUUUCAAUUCGUGAGGAUGCCUGGAAGACAAAGGGCAAAGGAGCAGCCAAUGAUUCCACCCAGUACACCGUGGCCGCUCGUAUGGUCAAGAAAGGCCUGGCAGCUUCCUCCUCUGUUAUCAGUCCCAUCCUGUCACCGGUUUCCACCAAACUCAAGAGCGGCCUGCCUGCUGUCAACAAACCACAAGAGGAAAUCGAGGCCAGACCAGACAUGGAAUCAGAUAAGAAACUAGACAAGUUGGAGAGCUUCUUGGGACGUCUAAAUAGCAAAGUGGCAGGUUUGCAGGAAACCACCAUAACAGUUACUGAGAAGGCAGUGAAGGAAGUGAUGAAGCUGGAUGACGAAAUCUUCUCCAAGUUCUACAAACGUGUUGCUGAGUUUCCACGCAUGCCCACCAGAAUCGAGAUCAAUGAGGAUUUUGACUCCAUCUUUGGCUCUCAGGCUCCCAAGUUGACUUCAGCCAUGGUGCAGCAUAAGCGAUCGGUGCGGCCAUCAAGGAAUGUCCAGGCCUCCAGAAACCCUCUGAAGAUGCUGGCAGCCAGAGAGGACAUCAGACACGAGUACACCGAGCAGAGACUGAAUGUGGCACAGCUGGAGAGCAAGAGAAUAAAGGCUGAGAAGAUUAAUAAAACCUCUGAGUACUCCGAGGCUGCUCUGGCAGGUCUAGCCAGUAAAGAAAACUUCAGCAGCGUGAGUCUGCGCAGCGUCAACAUCUCUGAGCAGAUGUCCAACAACAGCGCUGUGCCGUACAAGAACCUCAUGCUGAUGCAGGUUAAAGGUCGUCGUCAUGUUCAGACCAGAUUAGUGGAGCCGAGAGCGUCAUCACUGAACAGUGGCGACUGUUUCCUGUUGGUCACUCCAGAGCACUGCUUCAUCUGGAUAGGAGAGUUCUCAAAUGUCAUUGAGAAGGCCAAGGCAACUGAUUUGGCUACUUUCAUCCAGACGAAUAAGGACAUGGGCUGCAGGGCGAACCAGGUGCAGACCGUCGAGGAAGGGGUCAACCCACAGGGGCCAGACACGCAGCAGUUCUGGACGAUCCUCGGAGGACAGACUGGUUACCAGCCGGCUGGGCCGCCAGAGGAGGACGAGCAGUUUGAGAAUGCCAUUGUGGAAACAAACUGUAUCUUCAGACUGCUGGAUGACAAACUGGUUCCUGAUGAUGAUGAGUGGGGGAAGGUCCCUCGCAGCUCUCUGCUUUCAUCUAAGGAGGUGUUGGUGUUUGACUUUGGCAGUGAGGUGUAUGUGUGGCACGGUAAAGAGGUGACUCUGGCCCAGAGGAAAGUGGCCUUCCAGCUGGCCAAACACCUUUGGAACGGGACGUUUGACUACACCUGCUGUGACAUCAACCCGCUGGACCCUGGAGGCUGCAACACACUCAUACCCAGGAAGGGCCAGGGCCGUCCUGAUUGGGCGAUAUUUGGCAGGCUGACAGAGCACAAUGAGACGAUCUUGUUCAAAGAGAAGUUUGUAGACUGGACCGAAGCGAGAUCACCGACACCAAAGGAAGGCGGCGAGCUCGUACCGGAGCAGAAGGAGGCCCCGGGGCGAGAAUGCCGGCCUUACAACGCCACCCUGAUGCUGCCAGUCCUCCAAUCAUCCAUUUCCACCAUCUUGGACGGGGUAAAUGUGGGCCGCGGCCACGGCCCAGUGGAGUCCGAGGACCACAUGAGGAUUCAGGAGAUCAGCACAGCGUCAGUGGACGUCUGGCACAUCCUGGAAUUUGACUACAGCCGUCUGCCACGCCAGAGCAUCGGCCAGUUCCAUGAGGGAGACGCCUAUGUGGUCAAAUGGAAGUACAUGAUCAAUACAUCAGUUGGCCGUAGGCAGAACCCCGAGGCGAGGAGUAGCGGGCCGGGGAGGGAGAAAUGCUGCUACUUUUUCUGGCAGGGUCGACACUCCACCGUCAGCGAGAAAGGAACAUCAGCGCUGAUGACAGUGGAGCUGGAUGAGGAAAGAGGGGCACAGGUUCAGGUGCAGCAAGGAAAAGAGCCUCCAUGUUUCCUGCAGUGCUUCAGUGGAGGGAUGAUUGUCCACGCUGGCAAGAGGGAGGAGGAGGAGGAGAACACUCAGAGUGAGUGGCGUCUUUACUGUGUGCGGGGCGAGGUGCCAGUGGAGGGCCACCUGCUGGAGGUGGCGUGUCACUGCAGCAGCCUGCGCUCCAGAGCCUCCAUGAUCCUGCUCAACAUCAACAAGGCCAUCAUCUUCCUGUGGCACGGCUGCAAGACGCAGCUGCACACUCGCAGCGUGGGAAACACGGCCGCGCUCAAGAUCAAAGAACAAUGUCCACUUGAGGCGGGUCUCCACAGCAGCAGUAAGGUGACCAUUCAUGAGUGUGAUGAGGGAGUGGAGCCUCCAGGCUUCUGGGAGGCACUGGGAAGAAAAGACAGGAAGGCCUACGACUGUAUGCUGCAAGAUCCAGGUAAAUUCAACUUCACCCCGCGGCUUUUCCAGCUCGGCAGCACAUCCGGAGACUUUGUGGCCAAUGAGUUCUUCCACCCAUCCAGAGCUACAGACGUGAUCAGCUCACUGCCCUUCCUGCAGGAAGACCUGUACAACACGCCGCAACCUGCGUUGUUCCUGGUGGAUAACUUCCACGAGGUUUACUUGUGGCAGGGCUGGUGGCCUCAGGACAGCGAGUGCACCGGCUCUGCUCGCAUCCGCUGGGAUGCAGACAGGAAGUGUGCGAUGGAAACAGUGCUGCAGUACUGCAAAGAGAAGAAUGAGAAGAAGCCUCAGAAGUCGUACCUGAUCCACGCCGGUCUGGAGCCGCUCACCUUCACCAACAUGUUUCCCAGCUGGGAGCACAGAGAGGACGUGGCUGAGAUCACUGAGAGGGAGGCGGAGGUGUGUAACCAGAUCAUCCUGGUGGAGGACGUGUUGGCCCGGCUUUGCCAGAACACCUUCCCUCUGGCUCAGCUGCAGGCCCGGCCGCUCCCAGAGGGAGUCGACCCGCUCCGCCUGGAGAUCUACCUGUCCGACCAGGACUUUGAGAAAGCUUUGGAAAUGAAGAGAGAGGAAUACGAAAGUUUACCAGGGUGGAAGCAAGUGAACUUAAAGAAGGCCAAAGGAUUGUUUUAAGAAAGUUUUUUAAUUGAAGAUGGAAGCGGAUAAAAGGUGGACAGCUGAGAUGGAGACACAGGAAACGUCACGUGAACCUGUUCUGAUGGAGACAUGCGAGGAUUCUGGGAUAGAAAGUAUCUGAAUAUGAAGAAAACCUACAUGGAGGAUGAGACUACAGAUGCACUCGCCUUGCUUUAGUCAUGUUUUACCUUUCAACUUUGUCAUUACAUAACGAAAUUAAAUUCAAACAGUUUAACAGAAGGUAAAAACACCUUGCUUUGGUUCUUACAUGGUGUUUGUGUGUAUUUGGAGUCUCCUCCAAACACUGAAGUCACCACUCGUGGACUUAUGAGUGACAAUGUGCACACUAGGACGCUUGGUGUCAGAGUGCCAUGCUAUGGUUGCGUAUGUACGUGUGUGCGAUUGUAUAUAAUGUUUGUGUGUAAUGUUUGUGUAAAUGUGUGUGUAUCUAUGUAAAAACAAAUCCCGUCAUGUCAGAUGUUGUGAGGAAAGUUGUUUUUUUUCUUCUUUUGUCUACAGUGUCUGGAUGCUGUCAGGCCUCGUAGGGAAAUUCAUGUUGCUCGAUUGUGUCGAACUGCUGAAGCGACUCUCGACUCACUGAGAUGUAAGGGUUGUAAUUUUAAAAGUUUGAUGCAUAUGAGGAAGAGAAACAGCAGCUUGAUGAAUCUGAAUGUAUAGUGCCUUGCUUUUUGUGUACAGUUUAUAUACAGAAAUUCUAGUCUGCAUUUUUAAAGACUUUGUGAUAUAAGACAUAGUGAAUUAAAUCACAAUAAUGCUCAACUCAAA